AUGCCUCUGGUCAGUUUAUCAACAAAUGAAGGAUCAGGAGGUAACGCAAAAAGUCCUCCAUACAAAGAAGCGCUGGACCCAGAGAAGCACACUGUUAAAGGUUUUGGCCAAUCAGGGAUCUGGUUGGGGGUAUCAUCAUCGAUCCUCUCCGAUCAGGGCACUGGGGUGGCAAACCGCUCUCCACUCAGUAAAACUGUGGCUAUGUCGUCCCCCUCUCUCCCUCUCCCUUCGCUGCCCCCCAGCCCCCUAGCCAUGGAGUACCUCAAUGACUUUGACUUGCUCAAGUUUGAGGUGAAGCCUGACACUCCCCCACCUCCUCAGCAACAAUGUUCCUACUCCAAAGUAGGCCUCCAGCAGCAGCGGGACACCUCAGGCUCCCCAUAUGUGGUGCGCCCCCCUCCGGACUCCAGCCUUAGCUCCAGCCCCUACACUUCCCUGCCACCUUCCCCGACUCUCAGUGAUGCCCAUCCACCUCCGUCAGCCUCGUCCUCUUCCUCCUCCUCGCUCUCCUUCCCCCUCUCAGUGUCCACCGGCUAUGUCUCUGGACUCAGUCAGGCCUCUCAGGGCAAUCAAGAUGGCAGCCCUGCCCCAAGUGCUCUGCCGCAGUGCCCUAAUCCUGCCUCUUUGGAAGACCUCAUCUGGUUGGCCGCGCUGCAGCAACAGUUUGGGGGAGAGGCAGGAGGUGCUGCUUCUCUCUUGGGGGCCCUCGGGGGAGCACCAGAGAGAGGGGACAGGGAUAGGGGUCCCAUCGGGGGGUUCCUGGGAUGUGAAGAUGCCGUGGAGGCGCUGCUCAACUCAGCUGCUGCGGCUGUAAGUUCACAGUUUCCUGUCCUGUCACAGAGCUCUGGAAGCAGUAACUUGGGAGAUUCCAGUAGCGAGAGUGGAGGUGAUGUAGCCGUCAGCAAAGCCUCAGAGCUGUGUCACCGUCCUCUCCUUUUCGUUUCCUCCGCCCCUCCCUCUCUCCAUAGUGCAAACCCAACCACUGCCCCGUACCCCCAGCCCCCCAGCCCACAGGGCCGUCUUCAUCACCCGCAGCACCACCAUCACCACCCCCAUCAUCCCAUGCAUGGCAAUCACAGUCACCAUCAUCACCAUCAGCUCCAAGUUGGCCAGUGCGCUGUGGACGAGCGGUUCUCGGACGAGCAGCUGGUCAGUCUGUCCGUGCGGGAGCUGAACAGACACCUGCGUGGUGUGAGUAAGGACGAGGUGGUUCGCCUGAAGCAGAAGCGCCGGACCCUGAAGAACCGCGGCUACGCCCAGUCCUGCCGGUACAAACGGCUGCAGCAUCGGCACGCGCUCGAGUCCGAGAAACACCUCCUCACGCAGCAGCUGGAGCAGCUGCAGUGUGAGCUGUCCCGUGUGUUGAGGGAGCGGGACGCCUACAAGGCUCGAUACGAGAAACUCGUUAGUUCUGGUGAAGCCCCGCCCACUCAAGCCAAUAACCCGCCUUCCCCGCCCCCAGACUACUUCCUAUGA